UCCAGCACUUAGCUUCCUUAUUAUGUCUGCUGUUUGUAUGGUUCAAACCCUGACACAGUAUCAAUUGUCCCUUCAAAUCCGAUAAUUAUGCAGACAAAAGACGAAUCACUUCGCCAUAUUUAAUCUAGAAAAGACUGAGCCUCCCACGGCGUCUUUCUUUGAGGAUGAAGCUAUUCUCAUCGAUUUUAUCCUAAGGACUAAUGAAAACAACUCUGGAGUGUUGGAGUACCUUUGUGAAUUUGUCCUUUUUGUUCUCUCAGGAUUAGUAUGCAUCGGAACAAAUAGCAAUUGGCAAAGACGAUGGCCUCCGGGACUUCGGACCACUGUCUACACCAUUGUCUGCAUGAUUGAGGAAUAUUUGCUCGAAUAUCUUAACCAGGAGAGCCGAACAAGUGAGCCCAAUGAAGAGCUUGAUAGAUGCAUAGUAUUGGAGCUUCAGUUAGCAAUUUGUGAAAUGUAUCUAGAUGAAAUAGUACACACCAUUCUACAUCCAUUCACGACUGUUUCAAAGAAGGGUAAAGGAGCUAAGAAAGUGGAUGCGGAACAUGUAGCCAAGCUUGACAAGCAGUUUCAGCGAUGGCUGUACCUGGUUAGUCUUGGCUUAAAUAUUCCAUUGAAAAAGCGAGACAUGGUCAUUACUCUUAAUACAGAGCCAUGGCUCCGCACAGCCCUUAUGCGGUUCGAAUGGAUGCAGGGAAGGCAUGCCCAGUGUCUUGGGAAUGCACCACAGGCUAUCGCAUGUUUCGAGGGCUGCGUCCAGAUACUCAAGAACGAUGAAAGUUUAAGUAUUCAGUUGCCCAAUUGUAAAUACGACACAGAAGUCAAAGCCGAUAAAAUACACGAGCGACUGAGGCGACUUAAGGCUCACCAAUAUGUCCUGGAUGCUGCUCGAUUAUUUAACGAGAAGGACUACAAUGCAGUGAUGACAAGACUAUGUCCAAUUUUCCUUAAGAAUAGAGACCAAAAUUGGGACCAAGCACACUCAAAUGAUGAAAGUGACAGGAAUAUAGAGUCUGAUAUUACAGAUUUUAUCGGGGGCUCUUUGCCAGAGAAGCUGGAACUCAUGGAGUUGCUCUACAAGUCUUGUGAAGCGCUUGAAAAUCGUGAGCUUCAAUUUCAUUGCAUAGUAGAGAUGUUCGUGCUCGUGGUGCAAACUCUUGUAAACACUAUCACAGAUAAGAGUGAGGCAACUGAGGUGUGGUUUCUUUUUGGCCAAGUCGCUCACACUCUGUAUUUGCUGCGAGAGACACUUCAAUCGACUGCUCUUGCAAUACUGCUCGGCUCCCUCGAAAGCCGACUGCUGCAAAGGCUUGUCUGCUGCAUCUUGGCAGUAGCACGUCUAGGGUUUGUCAACGUACUUCAUCAAGACCGAUUAGUGGAUGAUGAUAUAAAGCUUUCAUAUUCAGACUUGCUGAAACAUCGUCCACACCUCGAGCAAUUCAACCUCGUUUUAAUCCGUGUAUGGGUGGUAUUACUUUUGUUGCUUCCGGGCUGGGUACAAGAGACAUCAGCAGGCGAUAGUAUCCAUGGCCAGGUGUUGAGCGAUAAAAGCAAGGUCGAUACCAAGCGGCUACCUUUAGAGAUUCGGCCUCUCUUAAUGAAGGAUAUUGAUGUGGAUCAUGAGACAGCUGAGCGUAUUUUGCAUCAACCUUUGACUACAAACUCGUCUACGCCUCUUCGCAUGUAUGCUGGCCCAUCACAAGAGUUAUACAUGGAACUUAUUGCGUUGAUUCAUGACGACCUAGGAGUUCGCGGGAUCUGUGGAAUUGAUAAUAAUCAAUUGAUAAAGUUAGCGCUCAAAGUUUCUUCGCCCAUGCAAGGAGCGUUUUAUCGAAAAGAAGAAAAUCAGUGUUACUAUUGCUUCUACGGCAUAUCGCUCAGUGUCGACGGCCAAUACCCUAUCGAACACUCUUCAACGAUCAUCGACUUUGAUCAGACGGCCGCCAUCGAGUUCUUCCCACUUUUGGAACGAUCAUUAUCAGAUAGAGUACUGCGAGGACAGGUUAGAGGCGAUUUGAAGGAUGCAGUAGACCGGGUUGAAGAGGCUCUGGGAGCUCCUCCAUACGAGAGCAACGCCAUUUUGGAGAUGAAUCGCCAGAUAAUUGACGGUUACUUAGCGUCAGAAAUCAAUUUCGCGGAGGCUAUCCAAAUCGCUUCGGUGAGCCGGCUGCCCACUAUGCAACAGCCACCAUCAAGCAAACUGGCAUCUGUUUAUAGGCGAAUAUACGCAAUCCAAGGCAAGAUUUUUCUAGCUCAGUUUCGGAAUAAGGCCAAGAAUAAUCAGUUUAAGCCACUCGAGGAUCUACAGCACGCAAUUGAUCAGUUCAGGACGGAUAUUCAUGUAAAUCCAGAAUCUUGGGACUCAUGGUACUCGCUGGCGAGUUGCUAUGCGUACCUGGCGGAUGAAAAUUUGAUCUUUAGCGCAUCAGACAUCAAAAACAACUUUUUAAAGAUUACAGACCUGCAAAAGAGAGCAUUUCAAUGUUUUGCACAGGCAGUCCGGUUGGCGCCGAAGAGGUUAUCUCGAGUAAAAGCCAAGAACAGCGUCAAUGAAAUAGCUUUGAUUCCUGAAAUGAACCGUCACCAACAUAGAAUUGACAAUAAUGAGCUUUGGAAUGAAGCCGGUCAAGACAAUAAUGAGAAGGAGCGGGCGGCCUCUGAGGACUGUGAAUCGUACCAAACCUGUGACUUGGGGGCUAUAAAGAAGCCAGAAGCAAAUUCUAACGCUGAUGAUGAGUGGUAUCAACGCCAAGCACUAUUUUGGUUCGACUUUGGAAAUCUAGUCCACGGCAUCCUGUCACGCCCCAUGCGUAUGGAGGCUAUGCGUCGAAGUGGGGGGCUGGAGAUACUCUCUGAUACUGGUGGUACAAAAAUGGUGCCUAUUCCAGCGCCCAGUGAGGAGCAAGUGUAUAAGUUUGCCGCAUUUUGUUUUAAGCGUUCGAUGAUGCUCAAUGACCAGAACUGGCGGACGCCUUUCAUGCUUGGCAAAUGCAUUGAGAAAUUGAAGGGGAGACCAACACAAGUCUUGGCAUUGUACAAGCUGGCAGCGGAAAAAGUUCCUCAUCGUUCUGGGCAGCCUGGGCAUGAGAGGAUCUUUGAGGCGGUUUACAAAAUCAUUUCAACACUGUCCAAAUACCUGGCUAAAGAUAUGAUUAAUCCAGCCGUUGUUAAGCCUUUAAUGACAAAAACACUGAUGAGCUCAAAGCUGAAUGCUGCAGAAGGCGAAUCAUAUUUCCUAGAGCCUCAUAUGGAAGAUCGUGGUGCUGCCGCAUCCGACUCACUAAUUAAGAAAGAUAGUCAUGGUAAAGAAAAGCGAGAUGCCUUUCGAUUGCUGUGUGAAGGUUUAGCAAGAAUUAGGCAUGCCGAUAAACGGCAUUGGCAUCACCGACCUGUAUUUAGGCAAGCAUGUAUUCUAUAUUACAUCUACCAUGAUGCGGAGCGAGCCAAAGCAGAGAUGUUAAGCCUAUUUCAGAUUAAGAGCAAUCAAAAAACACUAGUCAGCUCUGUAUGGAAACCUGAAUUUGAGCGGAGUGGCAAACAUUUCAUAUAUGUGGGCGAGUACACAAAAUUCCUUAUUAUCCUUGCCAAGGAGACACAAGAUGUUGACACCCUCAAUAGUCUUGCGCGCAAGAUCCGCCGAGCUACCGGCCUGCUAUUAGAUCUGAAAGAAGUUUGGGAAUUGCUUUAUGACUCUUACCUCGCAGUACUUGCAGAUCUUGUGGGAUCACCUCCCGCAAUUCCAGUGGCAGAGGUGAUUCCGAGAACAGAAUUUCGAGAAAAGGCAGCCAUCUAUGAAGCUAGGAUGUUUGAGCAAGGUGCUACAAAUUUACCUGGGUUAGUGGUCUUACAGAGGCUUUGCGAGCUUAAGAAGUUGAACGAGAAAAUGGCUCCAGAAGGUGAGAUGGGCCAAUUGUUGGCAGUAUGUUACAGCAAAUUGUUUAUCGAAGUCGGGGGAGCAGAACUAUAUCCCAAGGAAUUGGUACGGCAACUAUCCAGCAACACAGAGCAGGAUGUAAGUAUGACUUCGGCUUCGACAACAGUUGAAACUCAUUUAGAAUACAAUGGCAUGAAUGCCUCUGAGGAUAUACCAGAAAACCAGCUGAAUCGCCCACAGCAGCAAAAAGAUCAUGCCGUAUCAACAAAGCAACCGCAACAGGCAGACGAAAAGUAUGAUCAGGAAGGCGACCAACUAAAAAUGGAGAAGAUGGCUCUCAAUGAUUCGGCAAGCGUUAUUCCCGCGAUUAUCAUUGAGGAUAAUGACAUCAAAGAUUCCAGUGCUGGCCAUGCCCAAGAUAUAGGUGACGAUGGAGUAGCUGCUUCCCAAUCAAAUUUGCCUAACCCGCAUCUGGAUACAACAGCUCUGCUAGGUGGUAUGGAGAUACCAUCAUCGCCAACACCAUCGAUCCACACUAAAGAUAAUGAUACAAACGCAAGUAUGGAUAUGGAGCCUGAUCUCGAAGAUUGGAAGAGCCGAAAGAAAAUCAGUAUUGCCGAAUUGGCAUCCAGGGCCACAACCAUGUGUAAAGCGCCUCCACCAUCACUCAAAGCUCCUCAAAGUUUGCAAAACAAGCUUGCAGGGCCAGACAAUCAAACUGCAGUGGAUGAGACAUUAACAUCAACAGGAACAGGUACGAGGGAUACCAAGGGCGAGGACCAGCCCGUGAACGAAGAGCUGAACGCUAGUAACGGCGAUACGAAAGAGAAGGUAGGCACAGCGUCAGAGGUCUCACCUGUCCAAACUCAAGGUGAUGACCAAGCUGGAGAACCUCAUGAAGAAAAAGAGCGAGCCGACAAUGAGCUUGAAAUCAAGGGAGAAGACAAUGUACAAGACCACGAUCAAAGUAAAGAUUGUGACGCGCGUAAAUAUGAUGGCAAGCAAAAAAUGGAGGCCAAUGCAGCUCAAACAGAGGGUAAUCGCCUAGACACUGAUAGCAUGAACUAGCACAGCGUGGCAUCAAGCCAGACAGACGACACAGUAAUUAAUUUGUUAAAAAUUCCAGACUGUUACUUGGCCAUUUUGCUUUAUUAAUAAAAAAGACUUUACA